AUGCCCUCUCUUGAAGCACCAAGUGUAGAUAUUGGUUCAGCUCCGCGUACACCGAGUGUUAUUAUAUCACCAACACCUUCGGAGGUGUCAAGUGCAAGUUCACCUGAACCCCAAAAUGUUCGAGCGACACCACUCUUCAGAGCUUUAGCAAUGAGACCGCCUGAACCAGAGCAGCCUCCUGGACAAGACGAAUUAGAACGUAGGUUACCGGGAUAUAGGAGAAUUGUUAUUCCACGUGAAUUAACACUCAUUGAACUGUUGAAACAAUGCAGUGGUGUAACCACGGAUGAGGAGGUACUUUCAAUACGUGAAGCUAAAUUGCGGGUAGUAGCGGAGAGGGUGGGCUUACGACGUCUUCACGUGCUUGUUCCACAUUUAAAAUCUCUCAUUUUAGAUGGCAGUGCACUCACCUCGCUGCGGGAUCUUGGCAUUGGCUUGGUUCAUCUGAAAAAAUUAAGUGUCAGCCGUUGUGGAUUAACAUCGUUGGACGGUGUGUGGGGUCUGAAUUCGUUACGAGAACUUCACGCGUCCGGGAAUCGUUUGAAGGACUUUCAUCAAUUGGCGGCUCUGCAAAAAUUACAUACAUUAGAUUUGGCUGAUAAUUUAAUCGAAGAAUCUAACCGACUAUGGACUUUGGGAGUUUGCAAUGCUUUACGUAAACUGACACUAAGAGGAUCUCCUAUAGCUGAUAUUAUAAAUUACCGUUCUGUCGUCGCGUCCGCUUUGCCAAUGCUGAAUGUUCUGGAUGAUAGCCCACUAAAUGCUUAUGAAGAUGAAUAUAUCCCGGAAGGAGACAGCGAUAGUGCAGAGAGUGAUAUUGAGGCUGAGGGUGUGGCAAACCAGACACAAUCGGGUGAAAAGGAACAGCAAACAUCACAAGCUGGACCUUCAAAGGAAACAAAUCAGAAGGAGAUCAUAAGAUCCCAAAUAUCGACAAGGCGGCGUCCUGCCACCACGGAGUGUGGAGGUCAACGACCGGAACGACCAGAAAUUAAACGACGACCACGGACAGCUCUCGACAGGACCAUCGACAGUUGCACCCGCCUACAGAUUAUGAAUACUCUAAUGGAUGACGAGUGGUGCAGCGCUGGUAGUAAAUUGACAUCUUAUAACGCUGUUGGCGGGAACAUCGCUAGAGCACUACGAGGAUCAGCCAGGAAUAAACUACGAGAUUCCGUUGAGGCUGAACUACAACUAGUAUCACAGAGUAUGGAGGCAGAUAGUCGGGCUCUGGCUGCGGAAAUACCACGAGCACCAGAACCAACGCAAUGGGACAGGUUCAGACUUGAGACGGGUAUUGAAAUAGAUAUAGAUUUCAACAAGAGACCGAAGGAUGUCGAUCCAUCGGAAGUUCUAGAUAAGAUCGAGAGGAUUGAAAAGGAAACUAUGGAAAGACUCGGGAGACCAGAACAAGAUGUAGCUGGCUAUAGUUCAUUAAUGACGGAUACUUCUAGAAUAUAUACAGGCAUCAGAGACGAUGAUCUGUGGAAGCAAAUUGAAGACCUGAAGAAUACAACACUUCAUUACGUAGGCAGCGGAGACCCAGCGAAACCUUUAAUGCUCUUCUUGCAUGGGUUCCCGGAGUUCUGGUACUUAUGGCGACAUCAAAUCGUACACUUCAAUAAGAAAUACAGAUGCGUGGCAGUAGACAUGAGAGGCUAUGGAGAUUCAGAGCGUCCUGAUGAUGUGUCAUCGUACAAGUUGGAGUUAUUGAUCGAGGACAUAAGGGACCUUAUAAAACAGCUCGGUCAUGAUAAGUGUAUCCUCGUAUCUCACGACUGGGGCGGCGUGGUUGCUUGCCGGCUCCGUGACGUGUACCCCGAAGUUUUGAGCGGCUUGAUUGUACUAGGCAGUACUGAACACAGCUUGUGGGUAGACACCUUGUAUAACAACGCCGAACAGAGGAAAAAAUCAUGGAUUAAAUCUUCUUCGUACAUAUUUUUAUUUAGAAUGCCCUGGAUACCGGAGAAAAUGAUGCAAAUCAAUGAUUUGGAAGUCUUUGAGAGAUCAAUGCUCGGUGGAAGUGGUGUAACUAAAGAUGAUAUAGAAUGCUUCAAAUAUUGGUUCAGGAAACACACGGCCAUGACGCCUCCAAUAAAUUACUAUAGGGCUAAUUUCAAAUAUUCAGCGGAAAUUAAACAUCACGAUGAAAAAGUGCCAUUCCUUUUCGCUCACGGCAGUAAUGAGAGAUAUCUUAUAAGUUCGUUGUUGGAACGCAUGAAGGAACAAUAUUCUGUCAUCGAGACAGCCAUCGUUGAGGGCGCUGGACACUUUUUACCACAAACAGAACCGGAGCAAACAAACAAGCUUAUAGACGAAUUCUUAGAAAAGCACAAUGGUAGGCUACUUGUGUCACUACUUUGUGUGGAGAUCAGGAUGUCACUGACCAUACAACAAAUUAUUUUGGACGCUAAAAGACUUGCCGGCCGUCUCAAGGAGCGUGAAACGGAAGCUGAUGCUUUAUUAAACGAGACUCAAACUGCAUACCGACAGAUCUAUACAAUCAAACAGUACAAAGAGGAGGUGGAUACACUUAAUGAGGCAUCCCGAGAGAGACCACGGGGUGAACUUAUUGCCAGCAUGGAGAGGGAGUCUCGUUUGAUGAGGGAUGUGCAGAGAGAAAACGGAGAGUUACGUGCCGCUCUGGAAGAUCACAGGAAAGCUCUUGAACUCAUAAUGACAAAGUAUCGACAGCACACUGAAAACCGAAUAUGGGAGUCAAGGAUAGACUUCACAGCGGCUAUUAAUGAAAAGCAACAGGAAUUGAUUCGCCAACAGGCAGAGAGAAUUAAUGAGAUGACGAGCAUUAUGUACAAAGCAAUUACUAUGGAUGAAAAUGAAGAGUCCAGGAAAGGGGAUGAACUCUACCAAAGACUUAUCACAGAAAAUAAGGGUUUGCGGGAAAUGUUGAAUCUGUCUAGACGGUAUGGCUCGGACCGUUCAUAUGGACCUCCUAUGGAAGAUAAGGAUGUGCAGACAGAUGGGCCCCCACUAUCGGGGGCGUGA